AUGAUCAUUGCAUUGAAGAAGGUCAAUGAAAAACAGGGAUGGCCGGAUUUCCUGAUUUGUUGGAUCUAUCACUUUGUCUCCCACCGCAAAGCUCUCGUUAGAUUCCAGGACGCUAAAACAGAACCCGCAGAGUUACCCUGCGGCCUCCCUCAGGGCUCGCCGAUAUCACCGAUUCUCUAUCUCCUAGCCACCACCCCUAUCUACUCCCUUCCAGGAGCAACGGAGAGGUAUGGCUACGCAGACGAUACAGCAAUGCUCUUCACAGGAGACAGUCUAGAGGAGACCACUGCAAAAGCAAACGCGGCGAUUGCUGCAAUGGAAGCAUGGGGGCAACAGGGGGCUUUUUCCUUCGACCCAGACAAGACAGAGGUUACGCACUUCUCCAGAAAAAGGAACAGAAGCUCCCCAGCAGUCUGUCACCAAGGCCAGGAGGUUAAGGCACAAAAGGCAAUGCGUUGGCUGGGAGUCUGGCUUGACCGCAGGCUCACUUUUAGCACGCACAUCGAUAAAUGGUCGCUUAUGGCAAGUAAGGUUGUCUCACAGCUACGGUUUGUUAACAAUACAGUACGCGGAACGUCAGCAGUAGCGGCCAGGAGAGCAGUAUAUGCAGUAGCCCUACCCACACUCUUUUAUGGGCUAGACACAUGGUUCCCUGGCUUCCCUUCUGAGUCAACCCACAGGAAAGCAAGGACGAUCACCAAAACUCAACUCUCAAAAAUCCAAGUAAUCCUGAAUAAGGCCUGCCACGCAGUCCUACCUGUUUGGAAGACCACCCCACGAGUUAUUCUUUGGAAAGAGGCAGCAAUUCCGCCGGCAGAAAUCAUACUAAAGCAGCAUCAAGCGCGCACUGCGCUUCGCUACGCCAUGCUAGACGCAGCACACCCAGUAUCCAGACGGCUAAGACAAGCACAGCAUGAAGUUAACCAGAGCAACCACCCAGCAAUACAUGGCCGAACUCUGCAGAGGCAUAGCCGACUCCUCCGAACAGCGGCAUGUGCAAAGGAAGUUGAACGACCACGGCUUAUCCCACGCCGCUUUAAUAAUAGCAUCCCGACUGAAGCUGCAGGAAAUAGACCGCCAAAAGAAACCGCCGUGCUGCAAUUCCAACGCUGGCUUGAGGACAAGCCCCCGGGAUAUAUUGUUUUUAGAGAUGGCUCCAAGACAGAAAGAGAUACCGCAGGAUAUGGAUUUGCAGUUUUCCACAAUAGACGCCUAAUUAAUUGGGGCUCUGGCCAACUUGGCCGCAGAGAAGUCUUUGACGCAGAGAUCCACGGCGCAUUAGAAGGACUUCAAUAUGCUGUACUCGCCAAUUUUGCUAACGAACCAAUUACAGUCUGUAUGGAUAAUACCUCUGUUAUUGACUACCUUCUCGCCAAGGAAGGAGCCAAGCCUCCAAUCCAAGAACACAUUCCCUCAGUCUCCUACCGCAGGAGACAGGUUAAGGGUCAGAUAGCCGUAGACUACCAGCAAUGGUGGCAAGGAGUGGAGAGAACAGGUUACUUGUCUCUUGGCCUGCCCGCCGAGCUACAAAAGCUCCCUGAACUCGCCCUCCCACGCCGUCUGUUAGGAUAUCUACUCGCUGCCCGAUCACACCACGGCGACUUUGCGGACUACCACGAGAGAUUCCACCCAGGCCAGGCGACCCUGGAGUGCCCCUGCGGGCGCCAAAAGUCGCCUACCCAUCCUUUCUACUGCAGGAAAGUCCCUCGCCAUCUCCGGGCUCGGCUGACCCCCGAUCCCGAAGCGGCAAUAGGACGGUUCCUCGGUAGAUCCUAUAAGGUUUACCUGCGCGUUGCGGACUUCUAUUAUACGAAGAUCAACAAGCGCUACUAA